UUUUUCUCAUCGAUCAGGUUCUUCAUGUGUUGGGCGUGGAUGCAAGAUUCAUCAUCAUACACGCGUUCACGACAACUCGUACGAAGGUCGACGACCGUUGUUCGUUUAAAAUCAUCGUUCAAACAAUGACCAUAAUGCGAAUUUUGAAAUAUAACUGAUCCAUGACUACAAUGAGAAUCUGAAGAAAGUAAUGGUGUACUUUCCGAUCCGCUAUCAUGUUGCUUUUAAAUAUAUUAAAAAAAAAAAAACAUGUCCAUCGCAGUGAACAGUCUAUCAGUGGAGACCAAAGUGUACGAAGGCCAAAAGCCGGGUACGUCUGGACUUCGAAAAGCUGUUCGAAUUUUUCAACAGGAACAUUACACUGAAAAUUUUGUCCAAGCGAUACUCGAUGCUUUGGGUUCCCAAUGUGUCGGAUGUACUCUUGUUGUUGGUGGUGAUGGACGUUAUUAUGGGAAAGAUGCUGUUAAAAAGAUUAUUAGAAUCACUGCGGCCAAUGGGGUAAGAAGGUUAAUAGUUGGACAAAAUGGGAUCCUUUCUACACCAGCUGUAUCUGCUAUAAUACGUAAAUACAAAACACAAGGAGGAAUAGUGUUAACGGCAUCGCAUAAUCCUGGUGGUCCUAAUGCUGAUUUUGGAAUAAAAUUUAAUUGUGAAAAUGGAGGACCUGCCCCAGAUGGAGUAACAAAUGAAAUUUAUGAAAUCACUAAAACGCUCAAAAGUUAUAAAAUAAUACCUGAGAUAAACGUAGAUAUUGAUAAAAUUCAAAACGUUUCUAUUCAAGUUGACGGGAAACCAUUUGAUAUUGAUAUAAUAGAUUCUGUAAAUGAUUACUUAGAGCUUAUGAAAAACAUUUUUGAUUUUGCUAGUAUUAAAAGUUUAUUGCAAGGAAGCAAACAAAGACCAGCUUUCAAGGUCCUUAUUAAUGGAAUGAAUGGAGUUACGGGACCUUAUAUAAAACGUAUAUUCAGUGAUGAAUUAGGUGUGGAUAAUUCAAGUCUUGUUAAUAUAACUCCAUUAGAAGAUUUUGGGGGACUUCAUCCUGAUCCAAAUUUAACUUAUGCAAUAGAUUUGGUAAACGCCAUGAAAAAUAACCCUAAAAAUGAUUUUGGAGCUGCUUUUGAUGGAGAUGGAGAUAGAAAUAUGAUACUAGGAAAAAAUGCAUUCUUUGUAACACCUACUGAUUCAUUAGCAGUAUUGUCUGCUAAUUUGAAAUUAAUUCCUUAUUUUCAAAAGACCGGCGUUAAAGGUUAUGCAAGAUCUAUGCCAACAGGUGCUGCUGUAGAUAGAGUAGCUCUUAAAGGUGGAGUUACAUGUUUUGAAGUACCUACUGGUUGGAAGUAUUUUGGAAAUUUGAUGGAUGCUGGUCGUCUAUCACUUUGUGGAGAAGAAAGCUUUGGUACAGGCUCUGAUCAUAUACGCGAAAAAGAUGGUAUAUGGGCUUGUCUUGCAUGGCUCAAUGUUAUCGCAAAGCUUGGGAAAUCUGUUCAAGACGUAUUAUUAGAUCAUUGGAAAAGUUAUGGACGCAAUUUCUUUACAAGAUAUGACUAUGAGAAUUGUGAAGUAGAAAAUGCAAAUAAAGUGAUGCAGGAGGUCGAAACUGCAAUUCAAAAAGCAGGAUUUGUUGGUACAACAUUAUCCUCUGGAAAUAAAACUUAUACUGUCAAACUUGCAGACAAUUACUCAUAUACUGAUCCUAUUGAUGGAAGUCAAGCCAAUAAACAGGGCCUACGGAUAUUAUUUGAAGAUGGUUCUCGUAUAAUAUAUCGUUUAUCCGGAACUGGAAGUUCGGGAGCAACGAUUCGUUUAUAUAUUGAUAGCUAUGAAAAUGAUCCAUCUGUUUAUGAAAAAGAUGCUCAACAAAUUUUAAAACCGUUAGUUAACAUUGCAUUAGAUUUAAGUAAAUUAUCUCAGCAUACUGGACGCGAUGCGCCAACUGUCAUUACAUAAAGAGGUAAUGCAUAUUGUUCUCAUUACAAUAUUUCUAGGUUACAGUUUUACUCAUAAUUUCAUAAUAAAAAAGUAAAACUGUUUGUGAAUAUAAAACAACUUGUGCCAUUUUAUUAUUAUAAUUAGGACGGAUUAACAUGGGAAAAUUUCAUUGUCCAUUAUUUAGUAAUCUUUCCAUUUUUAUACAGAUUUUUACUUACAUUAAUAUAAAAGCAAUAUAUUAAUGUCUUGUUAUAAUAGCACACUAUUCAUAUAGUGUCAUAAUCAUUGUGUUAAUGUAUCAUUAAACUUAAAACUUAAUGAGUAAAGGUAUUAAUGAUACUAUAACUUAGAUACAUUUUUCGAAUUAAACAAUUUCUUAAACCAAAUAAAAAUUAGGGAAAAAAGAAAACAAUAGAAAUGUUUUGUUACAAUAUAAAAAUAAUCUCAUAACAUCGUACUACUGCAAAAUUAUUCUACUAUUCUUUUAUUUAGCUUUUAUUAUAUUGGUAUGCACAUAUUUAAAAAUAUUAAUUUUAUAAAACAAAUAAGUUUUAUAUUAAUAUAGAAGAAGUCGACACUAAAAUUCGCAUUUUAAUACAAAUCUCAUUAAUUAUAUUCAAUUAAUAACCGUUGUACAUAAGUAAUGUAAUGUAAAUUUCUUGGUGUAAAUUUUGAUUAUAUUAGUAGUGAUUGCUACUAGUGAUAUAUGAUUAGUAAAUGGUUCAAUGACAUCUGACACGGAUAUUAAGUUUAAAUUAUACUAUAUCUUCUUACAAAACCAAUAAAAAUACAUUUAUGAAUAAAUAUAUACUGAAAGAUGAACACACAGUUACUAUAAAAAGCAUUAAUUAUGAAAGUUGAAAAUAUAUGUAAAAGUAUCUUACGGGAUGAAUAGUAAAAUAUAUAUUUUCCUCUAAUAAUUAAUUCAUAUUUUGUGAUAGUAUAUAAUACAGACAUAAAGUUAUAAUUGAUACAUAGAUUCUAUUAACUAUAAAAACUGCACUCAAUGCACUAUUAUUUAAUCGUUACAACAAUAAUAAAGUUAAAACCGUGUUACUUGUCAGUUUACUAAAUCAUUUGAACUAAUAUGAACUAUUAAAUCUAUAGAACGUAUAAUUACGUAUUUUGUUUAUUUUAUUGCUGUAUAUUAUAUUAGAUAUUCUUUAUAUAUUAGUAACAAUUAUUUAUGAAUACAAAGUUUUAUGUUGUAUUUAUCAUGCUUCACUUAUGUGAUUAUUUAAAAAAAAAAAAAAAUACAAAAAAAUAAAAAAAAAAAUAAAAAAAAAUAUCCGACACUAUAAUAAUAAAAUAUUAUGUCGGAAUUUGUAUUCUAUUACAACUAUAUUAAUGUCUUGAUAUUGGUCUUGAUAAAGUAAAUGAGACAUAGAAAGAAGCACGAGUAUAUAAAUUGCUUGGACGGUUCUCCAAGGAUUGUGAAAAAGAAAUUUUAUUUCUAUGAUCAAUACGUCAUAAAGCUUGGAGAAACAUAUAUCUUUAUGUAGGUACGAUUCCUAAUCACCGAGAUACUUAGCAUAUAAUGUAUUACAUAUAUUUUGUUAACAUUGAAAUAAUAUUUAUGUCUAUCAAAAAUUAUCGAUGGAAAACGAUAAUCACUGUAUAAAUAAUUUUCCAUUUAUGGAAAAAUCCGUAUAUAUCCGUACUAUUAUAUGUACUAUAGUAAAACAGGAAAAAAUUUUUUUUCUAACAUUUCUAUUACACUUUUCUAAAUUAAAUAAGUAGCUCUUCUGCUUAGUAUCUCACUGGAGUUAAUCGAUAGAGUAGGGUAUGUACAAAAAUAUGUAUAAAAAGAGUAGUAAUGGUCAGGAAAGGAAUUCAUAUAAGAUGAACAAAAUUUGAUUAACUGUUACAAUAUAUAUGUAACAAAAUCUAUGUACCAUAAAGUACAUAGAUUUAGUACAUAGAUAAAGUGUGUAUAAAUGACACAAUUAAUCAACGAAAUAAUAGAUAGUAAUGUAAAUUUUUUGUAGCAAUUAUAAAAAAAUAUGUGAAAACAUUGGUAUAUAACAAUAAUAAUGACAUUUAUAUAUAUUUUUAUAAUAAUAAUAUAUUAUCUUUUUUUUUUAUUAAUAAUAAAUACUAUCUAAAGAAGUAAAACUAAAUUUACAAACAUUUGAAAUUAUUCCUGAGGGAAUGUUCUAGCUUUCAAAAAUACAAUAUUUCGAUGAAACGAACAUGCCAUUUUCAUAUAUUUAUUUUUUCUUCAUAAUUGACAUCAUUAUUAAAUGACAAAAUAUGCAGCAAUACAUAAUUCAGAAGAUAUACAAAAUUAUUCAAACUUAAUAAUGAAAUUAACUACACAUUUUGUGCAAGAUGCAAUUGCCAGUGUUUGAAGAGAUUGUGAGGUGAGAAUUUUGUAAAUAGUAGAAGAAGGAAGGGGGAUACUUGGGGACCUGAGCCGACACAAACUCCCAUUCAGCUUAUUGCCAUUGUCAUAGAGUGUUAUAAAAAAUUUUGGAUGAUUCAUAAACAAAUAAAAUAUAGCAAAAUACCCUAAAUACUCUCUAUGACAUAGCAAUGAUCUGCAGUGCGGUAGCAGUGUCAUAGAGACCAGCAAUGACUGCCGAUUUUACUGUAAAAAUGUUAACUAUAACAUUUGUAUCAUAAUAAAUACUAAUUAUCAUUGUAAGGAAAUAAGCCAGUGGCUAUGCAUUAAGCACGCAAUCUUUGUUUCAACAAUGUGGCCAAAUUAAUUUUGAUUUUGAUAAAUAUCUAUGUUGCAUAUGUGUGCAGUAUGCAAAAUAUGUAGAUCUUUUAGUUUAAACUUUACUAUUGUCAAAUUGUUAUUUGACAUAAAUAAAUCCCUACAAUGAAAUAUAUUGAAAGGAAUGAUUGUGUCAGAAAUAAUACUUGUAAUUAUAAUGAAUAUCUAUUCUAUUUGUAUAAAAUAUUUAAAUCUUUGAUUUUGUACAACGGAAUGUAUAUGAAUGGGUAUAUUUCUUUUUUUUUUAUAACAAUGAGUAUUGAUAAUUUUUGAAGAACUUUAGUGUCGACUAAUUACUAUAUUUUCAACACAAUCACAUAGAAAUGCAAAUAUCAUAUGUAGUAACAUAAAUCAAAUCAAAUGUUUUAUGAUUGUACAUUGUAAUAAUGAAAAAAAUUAAUUUUCAAUAAAUGUUCAGCUUCAUUAAUUAAAAUUUAUAUUUCAAUUCAAAUUUAUUUCAUACUUUCGAUAUAGUUUAUUAAACAAUACAAGUUUAUUACUUAAUAUUAUACAAUGUGUAAAUCAUAAAUCUAUUGAUAUUACAUUUGUGAAAUAUUCAUUUUUAAUUCUUCUUAUUUAACACCAGAUGGAUACACUGUUGUUUCCUCCCCAACGUUGACAAACAUUAAUAUAUGUACUAUUUUAAAAACGUAUAAUUUUUUUUUUAUGUACAAUGGAAAGUAAUAAUUGUUCUAAUAAUUCAGAGAAACUUGGUAGUUUUUGUUCUGAUUGUAAACUAGUUUUAAAAUCUAUAUACAGUUUGGGUAGCGCGUCUUCGAUUAACGAAUGUAAAUCAUUCAAUGAAGAAUCCAAAGAUCGUAAUUCAUUAUUAAACGAAUACAAGCAAAAUCCGAAGCAAGAAAUAAUUAAUAAAAAUAAUGAAAAAUUGAA